AUGGCAUCAAAUCGACAUCAUGGGCUAGGAGGAACGAGUGGGUUGGUCAUUUGCUUUCAGGGAUACAUUCCCUCUGGAUUCCGCCUGAGUAUCUUUUCUCUCCUUUUUUUCUUCUUCUAUCCAAAACCCCCCCCCCAAAAUGGAGAUGGUAGGAUCGUUUGGUUCCCGAGAAAAAAGAACAAACCGGGAAGGGCAUCGCGCGGCAGGCAGGCAAGCUCGUUUUUGUUUUCUUAUUCCCAACAUGGUUACCCCAAAGAGCGGCGGCAGUCCAUUUCUGAGCCAUUGCGAGGCAUUGGUAGAAGGAAGAGGGAAGGGAGGGAGGUCGCAGCAUUAGACAGUUGA